AUGGCUUACUUUGAGGCUCAGUGGGUUCGCCAGCGUGAUUUACAGCUCAAGGCGAUCAACGUCAAAUCUAAGGAGCAACGCGCUCGGGUGACGGUAUUGGUUCAACUUGAAGAGGACCUCCUUGAAACUCGUAAAAGACUGGUCGAGUUGAACCCCGCGAAUGCAGCCAUAAGAACUGGUGAGCAGCGUCACGAUGUACUUGACCUGCCCGCAUCCCUUGCAAAUCUUGAAGCAAAAGUCCAGGAAGUCGCUGACGAAUUGGGAAAUACUGAGUUGUAUAACGUUCGUCGAGGAACAACCAACCGCAUUAAGGCAGUCUUGACGGUCCAGGUAGCACUCGCAGCCCUCUACGAGGCCAAGUUUGAUGUUAUCCAGCAGAGAGCUAAUGCCGCAAUCAGAACCGGUGCCACACAGCAGCCACGCAACAAACACCUGCGUAAGAAGAAGAGGGAUCUAUUGAAAAAGAAAACGGAGACGUACUUGAGACAUGCCACAAAGUACAACAGGCAUUUCCGACCCCCGCACCGUUUGCCACAGUAUCUCAAUGGGACAGCAGAGCUGGAUGUUGAUCUCACGAUCAGAUGGAAAGAGAUGGUAGAGCGCACGACAAAUACCUGGGCCGAAAUCCUAGGGGUCCCCAUCUUCUGGGCACACCCAGAAGAUGAACUUGAGGAGGAAGGAGAACAAGAUGAAUAUGAGGAGUAUGGAUAUGAAUAUGAAUAUGAAUAUGAGGAUGAUUUUAUUUGA